GUCAUCCUUCUCAGCCAUUUUGUGUCACGUAUUAUUUUUGAGACAGAAUAAAACGUUCUUUUACGUUUUAUGGAAUUAUUUUGAAUCAAAUUUACAUUGAAUAGGGUAUCUACUUGAAUAAGUGAACAAAGAUGUUUCUAUGGGAAUGGUUUGCGAGUAUGCUAAAUUUCCUUGGUUUGUACAAAAAGUCUGGUAAGCUUGUGUUUCUGGGCCUUGACAAUGCAGGAAAGACAACUCUGUUGCACAUGCUCAAAGAUGACAGAAUGGCACAGCAUGUCCCCACACUCCACCCAACAUCAGAGGAGCUGUCGAUGGGUGGCAUGAAGUUCACCACGUUUGAUCUGGGCGGACAUAAACAAGCCCGACGAGUAUGGAAAGACUAUUUUCCAGCAGUUGACGGGGUUGUCUUUCUUAUUGAUGCCUUCGACAGGGAAAGAUUUUCAGAAGCAAAGGUUGAAUUAGAUAGUUUGUUAGCCGAUGAGCAGGUAGCCAAUGCCCCCGUAUUGAUUCUAGGUAACAAGAUUGAUAAACCGGGUGCCGCCAGUGAGGAAGAAAUUAGACACUUGUUCGGUCUUCAUGGAAUGACAACGGGAAAGGGAAAUGUGAGUCGGAAUGACCUGCCUGGCCGUCCCAUGGAGUUGUUCAUGUGCAGUGUAUUAAAGAGACAGGGUUACGGUGAAGGAUUCCGAUGGCUGGCCCAGUUCAUCAACUGAGACUGGACCACCUUAGGCAACUGUCAAAUUGAACUCCCCAACUUCGAGGUAGCAAUCUAGAGUCUUGAGGUCGUAGUUGUGUUAUGGAGGACUCAGCUGGAUACAUCAGUCAAAUUGUCUUAUUUAUUCCCGGGUCUUACACUCUUGCAGAACUUCUCUACCUCCACAUGGCAAUGUUUAUAGUAAGAAUAUACAAAUUUCAAGAAAGUUUUGUUUAAAAAUGUAAUGAUUGUUUGAUCAUUUUAAACUGAAAUUACGAAUCUGAAGGUGGUCAAUAAACGGAUAUCUAUCUUGGUGAUCAGUGGCAGGUUCAGGAGGGCUGAAUGAUUGGAAAUUGUUUGACUGGUACCUUUUGUCUUCUGUCAUAUCACUUUCAUAUAACCUUAGGGGCAAAAACCAGUCUUAAUGAGUGGCCGUGAUCGCUCAUCCUCCUGAACAUACAUCAUUUGUCACGCAUUUAGGGCAUUUAUUUAUCUUUGAAAUUAAAAAAAGUAGGUGACUAUAUCUAAUAAGUGCAGUGAUUUAUAUAAUGAUCAGUAUAGAAAGUAGGCUGAAGUGACGAGAGCUGCCGAGAAUGCUCUCGCCUUUACAUUGGUGUAAUUAAACAUACAUUAAUAUCUGCAUCCUUAAACCUGUGCCAACUAUAUCGAGGUGUCCUCUUGGUCCAGGUUUAUGAUGACUUAUUUCAGGGGUAUAAGGUGGUGGAUGUUAGAAUCAGGUUGGUAACAUUGUACUAAUCUUUGGUGAUUGAUUUUUAUUUCUGCCCUCAUCAUGAGAUUUGUAGAUGUAAGUAAUUAAUGUGAUGGUGUAUUUAUAUAUAUAUAAAACUACAAAUCAAACUUGGAGUGAAAGUAUUUUGUUUUUUGUGGUAGUUGUGUGGGAGAUGGUGAGGAUUGUUUGCAUUCCAUUUUAACAACAGAGAUGGACAAAAUCUUCAGAUGUUUCCGAAAUUCUUGAUUUUAGUGCUACACCUUUUCUAUCCUUAUUCCUUAAAACUCCAAACUUUGCCCCCACCCUUUUUUUGUCCCAAGUUGAUUUUCAUCUGUGUAGCAAAACAUUAUUUAACACGUAAUGGUGUUUUCACAUCUUUAACACAUUGUGAAAACAUGAAAUUUUAAAAUAGAGAAAAUAAUACCAUGUACAGACAAACUUUGUUAUUUCGAGAAACCAGGAUAUGUUGAGGUCAAGAAAAUGUCCCAUGGCAUAAUUUUCACUAACCGCUAUUAUAUUUAUGUCAAACCACCAGUGUCUUGUGAUUGGUCUGUCCCUUCAUCACAGAAACAACAAAGUUUGACUCUUUUUAUGUAGAAGUAAUUUGCUCGCGUACCGCAGACCUCUCGACCUAGUUUGCUACUUCUAUAGCUGUGAAUGAUAACUGAAGGCACUUUCAUCCACAAGGUGUGAGACGUCACCUGUAUAUACACAUUUUGAGUUUGGUGAACAAGAGAAUGAGUGAAACCAAAAAUGUCUUUGAAUAUAAUAUAUUACGUCGGAAUGCAUGGAAUGGCCAGCUAAAUGAAAGUGAAAUACUUGUUAAAUGAAAGUGAAAUAAUUGGAAAGAAAUUGUGAUUUGUUUUGUUGUUGAUUCUUUUUUUUUUUUAAAUUUGAAGACAAGAAAUUCUGUGAAGCUUGCUGGCUAUAUAAUAUGGAUUGAAAAAAGAAGAACGAUAAAUAAAUAGACUGAUUGAAGAUCUAAAGCUAAAGUUGUGAUUGUGAUGAGACCCUAUCUCUUGUGAAUUCUAUGAGGUGAUAUGAUAUUAAAAUGUUCACCUGGGUCCUGUUUUAUGAAGCAUUCUUAGCGCAAACAUCAACUUAAGUGCAUUACUACUCCGUGCACUUAAAGUGAACUUUUUGCUACGAUUGCUUUGUAAAACUGUGUCCAGUUCUUUAAAACUCUUAGCUUGCUUUGUUGAAACUUAUUUUUCCUCAUGCCACUACCAACGUAAAUUUUAUGUGUAAAAAUAUUUUGUGAAAUAAAAUAUUUUUAAUACUGUAACAAAAUAUAUGCAACAAUUUUGCCAUGACAAAUGGCAUUUUGUUUGUAUUUUUGUGUUCUUAAGUAAUGUAGGACAAUUAAAAAACUAUGUUAAGAAAAUGGAAUGUUAUUGUUUUCCAUUACAUUUAAAUAAUGGAUGUUGACAUUUAGAAAAACCUGUUCAAUUGGCAUACAUGCUUCAUAGCAUUAUCAAAUUCUUUGUAGCCUGGAUUUUGAAUUAAACACAAUGGAUAGUGUACGCAGGACCAUAAAAAUAUUUAGUGGGUGUUGGCAACAAAAUGUGUGUCCUGACUGCUGCUUAGUUACAUAUUACAUCAGUUUCAGAUUGUCUGAAAUAAGGAGAUAGUACUUCUAACUACAUAGAUUAACAAUCAUCAAAAUGUAGAUUUAUAUGUCAUUUUGAUAAGUGGCGACACUGCAGUGAAAAGAACACUUUAUGCUGUGGCAAAGGGUACACUAGCGACUGAUAUUUUCAGAUACUUCACUGAAUGUUAUAUAAUAAAUGUAUGGUGUUUAUUACAUUUCAUGGACAUUUUAUAACCAUACCUUUACAUUUCCUUCUUUCCUAAUUAUUUUUCUUUGACAACACUAUUCAGAAUUUCAUUUAGUUUUUGUUUUUUUUCCAGCUUAUAGACUCAAAUAGUUGUAAAAGCAGGGUGAUUUUUUGAAAUCCUGACCACAUGCCAUUACUAGUUAGUGCAAUUGCUUUGUUCAUGUGCCUCCAUCAUGUUUGAUUAAUACUGAAGUGUUAUUUCACGUCCAAUAGUAGGUGGUUGUACAGACAGAAAUCUUUUCUGUAACAAUGCAUAUUUUUGUACAUUAUACCGUGUGAAUAUUUUAUAGUAAAAUUGCAUGAUGUACAGAGAACAGUUAUGUUUCUUUUCUUGUGGCAAAUGCUAUGUAAAUUAUUUAAUUAGCAUAUAAUGAAAGUAGUGCUCAAAGUUCUAGGACAUACCUACUAAAGUUAAUCUCAGUAUUUUGUAAAAACCUAAAGUCCAGACUUAAAAGUUUUGUUUUAACAAGAUCUCUUCAUAUUGUUAAUAAUAGCAUUUUUUUCAUUUCAGGCUGCAACUUUAAACUUUAGUCAAUUUAUUGUCCGAUAUAUUAAAUAGGGUGGCCUUAAUUAAAUGUGAAACUUUUUAGUUUUAUCAAUUUCUGUUUUAUAAGUUAAAAAAAAGUGAAUAUCUUAUUUGAUAUUUUACAAGUUAAGUAAUGCAUGCUGAAGUUGAAUGAUGUAUUUGAGUCCCAUUUCAGAAAUUAAAAACCAUAAAGAGUGUUUUGAAUUCUUCUAUUUACACCUGAUAAAAAUGUUUGUCAUUACUUUAAUCUGCUUUCUGGUCAUUGACAAACAGUGUGUUUAUGCAUGAAUGUGUUCUAAUAAUAAAUAACUAGAAUAUCU